CCAGAAAGUCCCCAGCUUGAGGUCUGAUGGCUUAUGCCGGCAGGUUGGUGUUGGCGGUGGUUUAGACCUUGGGUGAUCUCUGCAUCCGUUGGAUAUCUACACCAUCCUCCUGGCUGCAGGGUUCCCUUGCUUCAUCUCUAAAUAAUUGAGCUUGCUUUGACUCGGUAUAAUCAGUGCUUGGAUUGUGCAGUGGUAGGUGGCUUACUGUUGCCACAAUGUUCCUAUACAACUUGACCUUGCAGCGAGCCACAGGUAUCAGCUUUGCCAUUCAUGGCAACUUCUCUGGAACCAAACAACAGGAAAUUGUUGUUUCUCGUGGGAAGAUCUUGGAGCUCCUUCGCCCGGAUCCCAAUACUGGCAAAGUACACACUCUGCUAACUGUGGAAGUAUUUGGUGUUAUUCGGUCUCUCAUGGCCUUUAGGCUGACAGGUGGCACCAAAGACUACAUUGUGGUUGGCAGUGAUUCAGGUCGAAUUGUUAUCCUGGAAUACCAGCCAUCUAAGAAUAUGUUUGAGAAAAUACACCAAGAAACCUUUGGCAAGAGUGGAUGCCGCCGUAUUGUUCCUGGCCAGUUCCUAGCUGUGGACCCCAAAGGACGAGCAGUUAUGAUUAGUGCCAUUGAGAAGCAGAAAUUGGUGUAUAUCUUGAACAGAGAUGCUGCCGCCCGGCUUACCAUCUCAUCUCCCCUGGAGGCCCACAAAGCAAACACUUUAGUAUACCAUGUGGUUGGUGUAGACGUGGGAUUUGAAAAUCCAAUGUUUGCUUGUCUAGAAAUGGAUUACGAGGAAGCAGACAAUGACCCAACAGGGGAAGCAGCAGCUAAUACCCAGCAGACGCUUACUUUCUAUGAAUUAGACCUUGGUUUAAAUCAUGUGGUGCGAAAAUACAGUGAACCUUUGGAGGAACAUGGCAAUUUCCUUAUUACAGUUCCGGGUGGGUCAGAUGGUCCAAGUGGAGUGCUGAUCUGCUCUGAAAACUAUAUCACCUACAAGAACUUUGGUGACCAACCGGAUAUCCGCUGUCCGAUUCCCAGGAGACGAAAUGACCUGGAUGACCCUGAAAGAGGAAUGAUUUUUGUUUGCUCUGCCACCCAUAAGACAAAAUCGAUGUUCUUCUUUUUGGCCCAAACUGAGCAGGGUGAUAUCUUUAAGAUCACUUUGGAGACAGAUGAAGAUAUGGUUACUGAGAUUCGGCUCAAGUAUUUUGAUACUGUGCCCGUUGCUGCUGCAAUGUGUGUACUUAAAACAGGCUUCCUUUUUGUAGCGUCAGAAUUUGGAAACCAUUACUUAUAUCAAAUUGCACAUCUUGGAGAUGAUGAUGAAGAACCUGAGUUUUCAUCUGCCAUGCCUCUGGAAGAAGGAGACACGUUCUUCUUUCAGCCAAGACCGCUCAAAAACCUCGUGCUUGUUGAUGAGUUGGACAGCCUCUCUCCCAUUUUGUUUUGCCAGAUAGCUGAUCUCGCAAAUGAAGACACUCCACAGCUGUAUGUGGCCUGUGGCAGGGGACCCCGAUCAUCUCUGAGGGUGUUAAGGCACGGGCUUGAGGUGUCGGAAAUGGCUGUCUCCGAACUUCCCGGUAACCCCAAUGCUGUCUGGACAGUGCGCCGGCACAUUGAAGAUGAGUUUGAUGCCUACAUCAUUGUGUCUUUCGUGAACGCCACACUGGUGCUGUCUAUCGGAGAGACUGUGGAGGAAGUGACUGACUCCGGGUUCCUGGGCACCACUCCAACCUUGUCCUGCUCCUUGUUAGGAGAUGAUGCCUUGGUGCAGGUGUAUCCUGAUGGCAUUCGGCACAUACGAGCAGACAAGAGAGUCAAUGAAUGGAAGACCCCUGGAAAGAAAACAAUUGUGAAAUGUGCAGUGAACCAGCGACAAGUAGUGAUUGCCCUGACAGGAGGAGAGCUGGUCUAUUUUGAGAUGGACCCUUCAGGACAGCUGAACGAGUACACAGAGCGGAAGGAGAUGUCAGCAGAUGUGGUGUGCAUGAGUCUGGCCAAUGUGCCUCCUGGAGAGCAGCGGUCUCGCUUCCUGGCUGUGGGACUGGUAGACAACACUGUCAGAAUCAUCUCCCUGGACCCCUCAGACUGUUUGCAGCCUCUGAGUAUGCAGGCUCUUCCAGCCCAGCCUGAGUCCUUGUGUAUUGUGGAAAUGGGUGGGACCGAGAAGCAGGAUGAGCUGGGUGAGAGGGGCUCUAUUGGCUUCCUGUACCUGAAUAUUGGGCUGCAGAAUGGUGUACUGCUGAGAACUGUCCUGGACCCUGUCACUGGGGACCUGUCUGACACUCGCACUAGGUACCUGGGGUCCCGUCCUGUGAAACUCUUUCGUGUUCGGAUGCAAGGCCAGGAGGCAGUGUUGGCCAUGUCAAGCCGCUCAUGGUUGAGUUAUUCUUACCAAUCUCGUUUCCAUCUCACCCCCCUGUCUUAUGAGACCCUGGAAUUUGCAUCUGGCUUUGCCUCCGAACAGUGUCCUGAGGGCAUUGUGGCCAUCUCCACCAACACUCUGAGGAUUUUGGCGUUGGAGAAGCUAGGUGCUGUCUUUAAUCAAGUAGCCUUCCCACUGCAGUACACACCCAGGAAAUUUGUCAUUCACCCCGAGAGUAACAACCUUAUCAUCAUUGAGACCGACCACAAUGCCUACACUGAGGCCACAAAAGCUCAGAGGAAGCAGCAGAUGGCAGAGGAAAUGGUGGAAGCAGCCGGGGAGGAUGAGCGGGAGCUAGCUGCAGAGAUGGCAGCAGCUUUUCUCAACGAAAACCUUCCUGAGUCCAUUUUUGGAGCUCCCAAGGCUGGCAAUGGGCAGUGGGCCUCUGUGAUCCGAGUGAUGAAUCCUAUUCAGGGUAACACAUUGGACCUUGUCCAGCUGGAACAGAAUGAGGCUGCUUUUAGUGUGGCCGUGUGCAGGUUCUCCAACACUGGUGAUGAUUGGUAUGUGCUGGUGGGCGUGGCCAAAGACCUGAUCCUGAACCCUCGAUCUGUAGCAGGGGGCUUUGUUUAUACCUAUAAGCUUGUGAACAAUGGGGAAAAACUGGAGUUUUUGCACAAGACUCCGGUGGAAGAGGUCCCUGCUGCGAUUGCCCCAUUCCAGGGUAGGGUGUUGAUCGGUGUGGGGAAGCUUCUUCGGGUCUAUGACCUGGGAAAGAAGAAGUUACUCCGAAAAUGUGAGAACAAGCAUAUAGCCAAUUACAUCUCUGGGAUCCAGACUAUCGGGCACAGGGUAAUAGUGUCUGACGUCCAGGAAAGUUUCAUCUGGGUUCGCUACAAGCGUAAUGAGAACCAACUCAUCAUCUUUGCCGAUGACACCUACCCCCGGUGGGUCACCACAGCUAGCCUUCUUGAUUAUGACACUGUGGCUGGGGCAGACAAGUUUGGCAACAUUUGUGUGGUGAGGCUCCCCCCUAACACCAAUGAUGAAGUGGAUGAGGAUCCCACGGGAAACAAAGCUCUGUGGGACCGGGGCUUGCUCAAUGGGGCUUCUCAGAAGGCAGAGGUGAUCAUGAACUAUCACGUGGGGGAGACAGUGCUGUCUUUGCAGAAGACCACACUGAUCCCUGGAGGCUCUGAAUCGCUUGUCUACACUACCUUGUCAGGAGGAAUUGGCAUCCUUGUUCCCUUCACAUCUCAUGAGGACCAUGACUUCUUCCAGCAUGUGGAAAUGCACCUACGGUCUGAGCAUCCCCCUCUUUGUGGAAGAGACCACCUCAGCUUUCGUUCUUAUUAUUUCCCUGUUAAGAAUGUGAUUGAUGGAGACCUCUGUGAGCAGUUCAACUCCAUGGAGCCUAACAAACAAAAGAAUGUCUCUGAAGAACUGGACCGAACCCCACCUGAGGUAUCCAAGAAGCUUGAGGACAUCCGGACUCGCUACGCCUUCUGAGCUCAUCUUUUUAAUGUGGGACUUGUUAAAGACUCUGUGUUGUUUUUCCCACUACCUGGCUUUGAACCUGUGUGGCAGAAGAAGGGUGGCUGGAUAAUUAAGACUUCCCCUAUAGUGACUGAUUUCCCCUAAAAUUGGCAUUGAGAACCACUGUGCUUCUUCCUGCCUGGUACAUAAUACAUUGCUGCAGGCCCGGUGUGGAAUACAAUGCCCCCAGAUCCCCAAACUUUCCCUGUGUUGAUAUUUCUGGCUCUUGUGUCUACUUUUGUACACACCUUUAAUUUUUAACUGGUUUUCCUGUAAAUAAAGUUUUGUACAAUGUUAUCUUUGUGGGAGGGAGGGAGGGAAGCAAGCCGAGUUGGGGACCAGGUCAGAUAUAGUAGAAUCUUGAUUUGUGCCACUCCGGAACCUAACGAGAAAUACAAACCUAGUUUUUAAGGCAGCUGGUGUCGGUGCGUCUUUUCUAGGGAUGAGACUUCAGGUGGGAGAAUUGAGCCUGACUUGGAUCAAGAAGAACUGAGUAUCCUCCUUCUGGCUUCCUAAAGGGAUUUCUGACACUCCUUGGUCCCCCACUUCCAGCAUUAUGGUUUUUGGCUUUCUUUAGUCCUUUUUGUUAUGCAGAUGAACUUGGGCUCAAUAAUAACUCUGGUCAUCCACACCUCUUCCCAGUAGAUAUUUAAAGGAGGGUGGCUGAGGUUUUUUUUAAGAUUUUAAUUUAUUUUUAUAAAGGGGGGAAAGGAAGGAGCAAGGAAAGAAGAGAACCAUGAUAUAUGAGAGAAAUAGCCACAGGUUGCCUCCCGCAUACCCCCCCACUAGGGACCUGGCCUACAACUCAAGCCUGUGCCCUGACUGGGAAUUGGACCAGCAACCUUUAUAUUUGCAGGCUAGCAUUCAAUCCACUGAGCCACCCAGCCAGGGCAACUUUGAAAUCUUAAGAGCGAAGGACUUGGGGCAUGAAUUCUAGCUGGAUAGUCUCUUAACAGAUGCUUCCUUCUGUAGCUCCUGCAAUGAUUUUUUUUUUUUUUUGCCAUAUGACCACUAGGAAGGAUCAGUAAGUACCGAAGUAACCCAGAAUACUAAGCCCUUGGGGACAAAGUAGCUAAAGGCACAUGGAUAACUAGGGGCACCUGUCUGCUGCAGACAUCUUAGGCAAUCUCUGGGGGGCCUUUGGGGUGUGAGGAAGGAGCGUUGGUAUCCUGUCACUUAGAAGUGACCCAGUCUCAGAUGUUUCUAGCCCACACCUGAGAAUUCAACCUUCCUCCUUCCUGGCUGUGUGGGAACCCUUAAUCUUCCAGGCAGUCCACCCAGUUUCAUGGAACCUGGAAAGAUCGGAACUCACUGCUGUUCUUAAUACUUCACAGAGUAGAUAUGUUUUCAUGCACAGCCUCUUUGGUUGAGUAGAUUGUCUGUGGCUUAGUGUUGGGUUAGAAUCAGGGAUGGAGGUGAUUAGACAAAAGUCUUAGACUCCAAACAGCCCGCAGUCUAGUGCAGAGGGUUCCUCAUGCUACCCCUGUGCCCUAUGUAUCUCUAAUCAUGACUUUACUUUAGACCAGUUGAUAGAGACUCAGAUUUUGUUAGGAAUUGAAUUCCUAAAUAACACUUUUUCUCAGCUCACGGAUUUGCAUAGUACACAGUACUAUUAAAUGACACGCACGGCCUAAAUGUGAGGGUCCAGUUUUCCUAUGGCCCCCACCAAAACCCGUGUAAUUUAGUCUGUCAGAUUGUAUGAUAUUGACAUGCAGUAGUGCAAGAAACUGCAAAGAUGUUUGAGCAGUAGAUCCUUGCUAUUACCCUCUUUCCUGAAAUACCUUCUACAGCAGUGGGGAUUCUGUAAAGGAAAACUUGAUUAUAGAAUCGGGAGAUAUUGCUGUUUUGUUUUUUUCUUAGAAUGAUUAUCAGGCUCAGGAGGAGGACACUGCAUGCCCAUGGCAGGUAGCCUUCAGGAACCAGUAAAAAUUUAAGAGCUGUGAGAGGAAGGCUUAGUGGCAUCAAGAGGAUGGGUGCCCCUGCUUCCUAUAGGAGGUUGUGAUGAGCUUGUUUAAAUCCACGGACUGAUAGGGAACUGAGGCAGGAACUAUGCCUGAUUCUUUGAUAAGGAAAGUUGUUUAGGGAGCCAUAUCCACCUGAGCAGAGUGGGGAGGGGAAUUUGUGUUCAGGUCCUUUGAAGCCCUUCUGAUUUUAUGGCUUAUAGUACAGAUCGUUUUU